UGGCGGAACGAGACGUCGCCUCACUUCCGGCGCGCUUCCCGGCGUACCCCGCGCCGGCGGUUCGGGGAGAAGGCGGCAAGAUGGCGGACGUGCUGGACCUGCACGAGGCCUGCGGCGAGGACUUCGCCAUGGACGAGGACGGCGACGAGAGCAUCCACAAGCUGAAGGAGAAGGCCAAGAAGCGGAAGGGCCGCGGCUUCGGCUCGGAGGAGGGAUCGAGGGCCCGCGCCAGGGAGGACUAUGACAGCGUGGAGCAGGACGGGGACGAGCCGGGACCGCAGCGCUCGGUGGAGGGUUGGAUUCUCUUUGUCACCGGAGUGCACGAGGAGGCGACGGAAGAAGACAUCCACGACAAAUUUGCAGAGUACGGCGAGAUCAAAAACAUCCACCUCAACCUGGACCGACGCACGGGGUACCUCAAGGGCUACACUCUGGUCGAGUACGAGACCUACAAAGAGGCGCAGGCGGCGAUGGAGGGGCUGAAUGGGCAGGAGCUGAUGGGACAGCCCAUCAGCGUGGACUGGUGCUUCGUCCGGGGCCCUCCGAAGGGCAAGCGAAGGAGCGGACGCCGACGGAGCAGGAGUCCAGACAGGAGACGCCGGUGAUGGAUCCUCCUGACCUGUGCGUUCCGAGUCCAAACCGGGAGGGAAACUGGGGUGGGAGGGUUUCUACGUUGCUGUUGGAGGAGUAAACCGGUUCCUCGCUGCGGCGAAUCCGCUUCUGCCGAGGUUUUUAUUGUCUCAAAGAAAACGUGAGGGAAGUGGCAGCUCCUGGGGGCGAUUUUCCCUCCUCCCUCCCGCGUUCGGAGGGCUCAAACGGCGGCGGUUUGAAGCAUUUGGUUACAGCCACGAGCGCUCCGGCCGCUCCUUUUUGGCGGAGAAGCUGUUUUUUUACGCUCCUGACCCUUAAAUUGUGCUGUUGACCGGGAACUCAGCAUUCCAGCAGCUCGGAGUCGCUGUGUCCUCAUUGUGUCCUUGAUUAAAC